GUCGUCUAAACAGGGUAAGUUGUGAUAGUGGUAUGCAGACGACGCGAUGGCAAUGUCAAAAAUUUGUAGACUUUCCAAAGGGUUCCUGUGUCACUCAUCACUCAACAGCAUCCAGAGGUCAUUGACCUCAUCCAGCAGGAUGGCUCGGGAGUUCCAGAGCAUCAAGUAUUCAACUCGUGACAAGGUAGCCUACAUCACACUCAACAGACCACAGGCUCUGAACGCUAUUGAUGAACACAUGCCCUGUGAGCUGGAGAAGGCAGUCCAGCUAGCCAAUGACGAUGACGACACGAGGGUGAUUGUUCUGUCGGGAAGUGGGAGGUCUUUUUGCUCUGGCUAUGACCUGAAGAAGUUUGCAGAGGAAGGACGCGGAACUAUGAUUGGCAGCCAAAAGAUGCCGUGGGACCCGUACACAGACUACCGCAUGAUGCAUGCUGCCACAGAGAAGUACAUGUCGUUGUGGCGUAGCUUAAAACCGACCGUUUGUAAGGUCCAUGGAUUUGCUAUUGCCGGCGGUAGCGACAUCGCACUGUGCUGCGAUCUGGUGGUCAUGGCCGAAGACGCAUUCAUUGGCUAUCCACCGUCACGGGUUUGGGGUUGCCCGACCACAGCGAUGUGGGCGUACCGUGUAGGAGCCGAGAGGGCUAAACGACUGCUGCUGACAGGUGACGUGAUCAGUGGAACAGAGGCCGCAAGGAUUGGCCUGGUCGGACAGGCCGUACCCUCAGACAAACUGGAUGAGGAAGUGGAUAGACUGGUGCAACGCAUGGUCACGGUGCCCACCAACCAACUAUUCUUCCAGAAACAAGUCAUUAAUCAGGUUGUGGAGCAGAUGGGCUUGUCAGCCACACAGCGACUGGCCACACUGUUUGACGGAAUGUCCAGACACACCCCAGAGGGCGUGGCCUUCCAAAAUCGAUCAGCGGAAGUGGGCUUCAAGCAAGCUGUCAAGGAGAGAGAUGAAGGGACAACUGAUUGGUCGCCUGAAUCCAAACUCUGAUGGUAACCAUGGCAACUCUUUGAUAACAAAGCAUCAACUUGGAAACCAUCGGCAUCUCUUGCACAUCUAAUCAGAAACGUCCUGAUGAGGCUGCUAGCAUAGUUGUUCCCUUGUUCUUAAAAUUCUAAGUGCAGUUAGAUUUAUCAUGUGCACUUUCAGUUUUACGACGGAUAACAUUUUUUUCAUUUUGCCAAAAACAUGUUUCUUGGAAACCCGAUGAUGCAUUUAUUGCCCGACCUUUGUGGACACAAGGCAGGGCUGGAUUAAUUUUAAAAUCU